AAAAUUUACAGAGACAACGUGCGCUCCCAUUUCCAGACAUACGCAGAAGGAUUGGGAGAUCAUAUUGUGGGGAAAGAUAGACACGACCGGAAACCGAACUGGAAAAUGGGCAAGGAUCUGACCGAUGAACAGGUCUCCUCGAUGAAAGAGGCCUUCACGCUCUUCGACAGCGAUUCUGACGCCAAGAUCGCCCCUUCCGAAUUGGGGGUCCUAAUGCGUUCUCUCGGGGGCAACCCCACCCAGGCCCAACUCAAGGCCAUUGUCGCCGAGGAAAAACUAAGCUCUCCUUUCGAUUUUCCCAGAUUCCUCCAAAUCAUGGCCAAGCACAUGAAAACGGAACCCUUCGAUCGCCAGCUCCGCGAUGCCUUCAAGGUACUCGACAAGGACAACACUGGGUUCGUUUCCGUUACGGAUCUGCGCCAUAUUUUGACUAAUAUUGGAGAGAAGCUCGAGCCAGCGGAGUUCGAUGAAUGGAUCGGGGGAGUGGAGGUGGGGCCGGAUGGCAGAAUCCGCUACGAGGAUUUCAUUGCUAAGAUGGUGGCCAAGUGAAGUAAGGUCGAUUAAGAAUUUGCGAGUGUUUGUUUCUGUUUUUGACCUUUUUACAUUUUCAUAAGUACUUUGGGUAAGCUUUGUCUCUCUUUUUUAUUUUUUGGGUUGGGGGCUAGGGUUUCUUUGGGUAUUGAUUGUGAUGGAUGAUGAUGGUGUUCUUCUAAUUAUGCAAGUAUUGGUAAGUUUUCAUUGAAGAUUUUGGGGCUUUCUGUAUGUGUUCAAGUGUUUAUAUUGGGCAGCUAAUGUAUUGAAAUUUUUA